AUGUGUGAACCUUCAUAUUUACAGGGUGAUCCUCCGCACUACUGGCAGUUUGAGAGGACGCCUGUUCGUCAGUGGUGGGCAAAGCAUUUUGGCGUUUCUGAUAUUGAACAUCACGAGCGAAAUCUUGCUUACUACGAAAAAUUAGGAAUACAAGCUAGAUGGAGACAAAUUGAACAGCGAGUAAAGCACUUGGAAGGCGAGCGCUGGGAUUACAAAGCCUGGAGCUACCAACCAGUGUCAUCCACCUGGGUGGACUAUGGUAGAUGGCAUGCAUUACGCAUACGAGACCAAUACGAGCAACAUGGACAUUACCCGCAGUAA